CUGCGGAAUCAAUUUUUCCUUCCCUCGUUCGUUUUCCUACCCUAUCUCUCUGUCUUCCCUUUGCUUCGCUUCGCUUCACCCUCUUCUUUCCUUUCCUUCCACAGGCUGUAUAAUAAACCGUCUCGCCGCCGGUCUGCCCUUCUACCCAUUAAGGGCUAGCUGUUUCUUCCGCUGCUGCUUCUGCUCUUCAGUUCAUCUCUUUAUCUUUCUUUGGGGUUUUAGUUGGGUUCUGGUUGGUUCUUCGGCUGCUGUUGGGACUGUUUGGUCGCGUUUUUUGUUGUUGUUGUUGUUGCUUCUGGAUCUGAAUCUCUUGGGAGCCAGACUGUAAAUGGAUACGAGGAAGAGAAGGCCUGACGGGGCAGCUAACAGCUUCAAUGGCGGAUUCAAGAAAUCUAGACAAGGUAAGUUUCUUUCAUGCUAUGCCUUUUCUACUACAUAUAAGCGCCCCUCUUUGGCCAGUAGGUGAAGUAAUUGACCGGGAGUUGUGGGGGUGAUUUUGGCUGCUGGGUUUUGUUUGCCAUCCCUUCAUUGAGCUCCUGUUGACUUUGUAGCUUAAAGUGGUUCCUUUUUCUUCUGGGUUGCUCGUUACUUGGGAAGUUUUGCUCUUGGAACUUACUGUCCACCAUGGGAACAAUUAGCUUCUCUGUUUUGUCAAUUUUGUUUAUUGGUGAAGAAGGACGAAAAAUCUUAAAGAGUAGCUGUAGCUGGUGAAGAGGAAGUUUCUUGGUAUAGGCAAAACCGCGAAUCUGUCUGGGGAACUGAGUGUUUUCCCGGUUCUUGAGAUUUCUAGGGUUUUUUUUAAGCUCUCAAGUUGCUGGCUAUUUUGCCGAUGGAAUGUGGGGUAUCUAUCCUUUAUCAGUGUAUCUUUUGUAGUAAGGUAGCUCUGCUCAAAGUUCAGUGGGCAUUGGUGAUUAUGAAAGUCACUCAAACAUGGUGAUGUUGGAAGUCACUCAAUCGUGAUUUUGCUUUGGGGUACUUGUGUAGUAAUUCAUGAAAUCUUACCUAUUACUUACAGUUAACGCUAUUAUUACUAAAAAUUUGAUGAGAUUAUCGCAGAGAUUUAAAAAUCUUCAAAACAUUCAACUGAAGAAAGGCAAUUAAUGUUUGUUAACAGAAACAGACUCGUUAUCAACUGGUGUAGGAAGCAAAUCGAAGCCAUGCACCAAGUUUUUCAGGUUCUAAUCUUUUCUCACCUAAAUAAUCAUCUCGGAUUGCAGUACUGAUGUGAAGCAUUCUAAAGUUAUUGGGGGAAUUGAAUUCACCACUCAUAACGUUUCUGCUUCUCUAAUGAAAUUGGUAUCAUACACUUACAGGUACAAACUUGUAACUCUGCCCUUCAUCCAAUCAAGUUAACUAAUUUAUUUAGCAGAGAGACAUUGGAUAACAACUGUAUCCCAGUAAUAGUUGAUUGCCUCCAAUAGUUGUAGCCCAAAGGGGGGCUCCAAUGUUACUCAAUAAUUUGAGGGAGUUGAUUUUUAUUGUAACAACUACUUAAAUACACUACUGAGUAUUGAUUACCACUAUGUAAUGGUAAGCUAAAGUAAAACUUUUCGAGGUCAGAUAUAUUGCAUUGCCUGCAGCAGAGUCAUGUCUAUUGAGGUAAAAUAGAUGGUAGUUCAUUCCAAAAUCUCAAUGGAUGAGGUUGAUGUCUAAAAGCUGAGUGAACUUGCUAUCCAGGUUGAUUUUGCCCAUGUACAUACUAGUUCCUUGUUUUGGAAUCUUAGCGAAUUCAGGUUUUCUUGUCACUUGGUGUGUCGGUGCAUUUGUGGCUUGUUGGUUUCUGAACAUCAAUCAAUAGUGUUUUCUUCUUUUUGUUCUCAAGCAUCUGAUCAAUGAAUUUUUUACAUCACUACUGGAUGGCAUGUAUUCCCUCUUAGUUCAGGAUAUGCCUGGCACCAGCUUAGUGUUCUGGACUCUUCUUUGGGGGUCAUAAGACAUAAACCAUCAUUUUAGAAUGCUUAUUUCAUGAUGAUUGCAUUCUGAGCUGACUUAUUUUCUGUAAUGCAGCACUGCUGGCUGUCCGUUCGGCGAGGGUUGCCACUUCCUGCACUAUGUACCUGGUGGGUACAAUGCAGUGUCCCAACUCAUGAACAAGUCAUCCAGCACACCCAUGCCAAAGAACAACAUGCCUCCGCCUCAACCAGGCUCCAACGGCUCUAAUAAUGCACACUCAGUAAAAAACCGCUUGUGCAACAAAUACAACACCGCUGAAGGAUGCAAGUAUGGUGACAAGUGCCAUUUUGCACAUGGUGAGUGGGAGCUCGGGAGGCCAGUUGCUCCAUCUCUUGACGAUCAUCACCAUCGUAUGCUGGGCCCACCUCCUCCAGGUCCCCGCAUGAUGAACCGGAUGGAGCCGCCUCCACCCGGCCCUCUAGUCGGCUUUGGCGAUACUGCUACCGCAAAGAUCAGCGUUGAUGCGUCCCUGGCAGGGGCCAUCAUUGGAAAAGGCGGUGUGAACUCGAAGCAGAUAUGCAGGCAGACAGGGGCCAAGCUAUCGAUCAGGGAGCAUGAGACGGAUGCUAAUCUAAGGAACAUCGAGUUGGAGGGUACGUUUGACCAGAUUGGUCAAGCUAGUGCCAUGGUCAAAGAGCUAAUCGCAAAUAUAGGUCCAGCUGGUGGCCACGGCCAUGGCAAGCCGUCGUCGGGUGGAUUCUCGGGGGAGAAGCAUCAUCCUGGAAGCAACUACAAGACGAAGAUAUGCGACAAUUUCAACAAAGGUGCUUGUAGCUUCGGUCAGAGGUGUCAUUUUGCUCAUGGAGCUGCUGAACUGCGCAAGUCAGGGGUAUUAUGUUAGUUGUGUUCAGUCUUUUGCUGUAGCUUGGUAGAUUGGAUGAACGGGCAGUGUGCGCGCACAGUCUUUGUACUAGUGAGGGUUUGGAUUAUGUUUUUGACUGUUCUGAUGCCACUUAGCUGAGAAAAGACAGAGGUUUAAUGCUGAUACGAACAGAUUGGAGCUUCGUUCGCUGUUUCACUGUUUUGAGUUUGUGUUGUGUUUACUAAGAAGCUGGCUGCUCUUCAUUUCUGGCAUGGUCCAUUCAACCGUACCUUACCGACGGUUCAACCACAAAAUACCAGUAUCGGAGGCUAAAUCGAUAGGCGGUAUUCAACAGUACUAACGGUUGAACUACGUUUAAACCACGGUUUUGUCAUAAAAUAUCCUAUCGCUGACUUUUCCGAUAUGGUCUCUAGUACGGUUUCAUGGACCAUGAUUUCUGGACCUUUUAUCUUUGCUGUUUCAUUGUUGUGUUUUGAGAUGGAAAAGGCUCUUACCCUAACUAGCCCUACCAUUCCUGAUACUAAAAUAUAAUCGUUAGUUUCCGGCCAUGUUGUAACUGUUAUUGAAUCUAUCAUGGAAAGAGACGACUGUCUUAAGAAAAACCAAAGUCUCAC